AUGGACCGGGAUCCGAGCCAGGACUCCGGAUCCAGCAGCAGGACUAAAGCGGCCGCUGCCGGUCUGCAGGUCAGAGUUCAGGUCCACGAACCCGCUCCUUCUCGGUCCGUCUGUCUCCUGCUGACCAACCAAACCAAAAUGAAACGUAAAGGGAAAGAGAGGCCCACAGGUUACCCCUGUGAUCAGUGUGAGAAAGUCCUCGCCACUUCAUCAUCCUUGAAGGGACAUAAGAAGAUUCACACCGGAGAGAAGCCGUACAGAUGUGAUCAGUGUGGGUCAACUUUUGCCAGAUCAGCUUAUUUAAGAAUUCACCAACGUAUUCACAAUGGAGAGAAGCCGUACAGAUGUCAUCAGUGUGGGGCAGCUUUUACUCAAUCAGGUGCUUUAACUACGCACCUACGCAUUCACACUGGAGAGAAGCCGUACAGAUGUGAGCAGUGUGGGGCAGCUUUUACCACAUCAGGUGCUUUAACUACGCACCAACGCAUUCACACUGGGGAGAAGCCGUACAGAUGUGAGCAGUGUGGGGCAGCUUUUACUAAAUCGGGUGCUUUAACUACGCACCAACGCAUUCACACUGGAGAGAAGCCGUACAGAUGUGAGCAGUGUGGGGCAGCUUUUACCAUAUCAAGUACUUUAACUACGCACCAACGCAUUCACACUGGAGAGAAGCCAUACAGAUGUGAGCAGUGUGGGUCAGCUUUUACCACAUCAGGUGCUUUAACUACGCACCAACGCAUUCACACUGGAGAGAAGCCAUACAGAUGUGAGCAGUGUGGGGCAGCUUUUACCACAUCAGGUGCUUUAACUACGCACCAACGCAUUCACAGUGGUGAGAAGCCGUACAGAUGUGAGCAGUGUGGGGCAGCUUUUACCACAUCAGGUGCUUUAACCAAGCACCAGCGCAUUCACACUAGAGAGAAGCCGUACAGAUGUGAGCAGUGUGGGGCAGCUUUUACCACAUCAAGUGCUUUAACUACGCACCAACGCAUUCACACUGGGGAGAAGCCGUACAGAUGUGAGCAGUGUGGGGCAGCUUUUACUAAAUCGGGUGCUUUAACUACGCACCAGCGCAUUCACACUGGAGAGAAGCCGUACAGAUGUGAGCAGUGUGGGGCAGCUUUUACCACAUCAGGUGCUUUAACGAGGCACCAACGCAUUCACACUGGAGAGAAGCCGUACAGAUGUGAGCAGUGUGGGGCAGCUUUUACUCAAUUGAGUAAUCUAAGGAGUCAUCAGCGUAUUCACACUGGGGAUAAGCCUUACAGAUGUGAUCAGUGUGGGGCAGCUUUUACCCGACAAGGUGAUCUAAGGAUUCAUCAGCGUAUUCACACUGGAUUUAAGCCUUACAGAUGUGAUCAGUGUGGGGCAGCUUUUACCCAACAAGGUCAUCUAAGGAGUCAUCAGCGUAUUCACACUGGGGAUAAGCCUUACAGAUGUGAGCAGUCAUACAACGUGGUGAGGGACCACAUUAAAGAGCAGGUCAUAGAACAAAACAAAGUCCUACAACUUUGCUACCUGCGCCACCUGUAUAUCCUUGAGCUCGAAAAGCAAAAUAACCCUAACCCUGAAUACAGAGGAGAUAAACUUCUGAGUCGUCUGCAAGGUGAUGAGGAGCUUAAGAAGCAUUUAGCCUUUUCCAAAGUUCCUGUUAAGGACAAAGGAAACCUUGCCUUUUACUUGGUCCACUCUUCCCGUAUUUCUGUGGAGGACGCCAUGGCCUUUGCGUAUCGACUUGGAACGGUGGACAGUGUAAAAGAUGUAGCUCUCACCCUACGCAGCGUCAUCAAUAAGGCCUUCAAGUCCAGUGUUAUGCCUUGGCCACCUACCGCAGAUGACCUAAACAAGACAGCAGAAGAGGUGUUACCUGAAGAGCUAGACCGCUUCCUCAAACUUCUCUUCUCUGGAGACACUGUUUCUGAUUGUUGUCCCAUUCGCUAUGGAACACCUCAUUCCCAUCUCCUCUGA